AUGGCAACAAUCGCACGAGAAUUUGUUGCAGGUGCAACGGAAAACCUCACGAGACUUACGAAACGGAUACAUAUUCCAUUGACGGCAACAAGUCCCGCUGGCUUGGUGGAAGCUCUGACUGUGGACCCUUGGGAUAAGUCGGGCAAAUACGCCUUGGGUUGGACAUACUUCUCGCUGGCUUUGAUGGGUUGUGUCCUACUCGUGAGAAUAUGGCAUUGGUGGCAAGACAAGAUUCGACAGGCCAUCUACAAGCAAGAGGUGGAGAGACAUUAUGAAGACCUCUACAGCAUGAGCCCUGGCUUUCCACAUACUGGGAUGCAAACAGGGCAAACUGGGAGGCACUUCUUCCCAGAGGAACCCGAGAAGAAGAAGAAGGACUUCAAACCCAAAACCGACUUUUCGUCGAUAGGACCCGUACUCGAUGCGCUGGCUUUGUUCAGAUGGGUCUUUUACCGCCCGAUCCCAGAUAUCGUCUGGCGAAGACAUCGAUUCACGUUCUCUUCACUUGCGGUGCUGGCAGUUGGCGCCGUUGCCCUGGCGUUUGUCACAUUAUAUACGUUCCUCCUUCAGCCUCUAUACUGGCAGAGCAUUCAAUACGGUUCCCCUCCCGUGGCUAUCCGCGCUGGCAUGAUUGCGGUAGCCAUGACACCAUGGAUUGUCGCCACCAGCAUGAAGGCGAAUAUUCUCACCCUCAUUACGGGAAUCGGCCCAGAGAGGUUGAAUGUGCUCCACCGCUGGGCUGGGUACCUGUGCCUGUUUCUGGCAUUGGUACACACGAUUCCAUUCUAUAUCCAACCCGUGUGGGACGAUGGAGGCAUGGCGACAUUUUCGCGCUUGUUUCCCGAAGGCAGUGGAGUCAUUUACGGCACGGGGAUUGCUUGUUUAGUCCCCCUCGUCUGGCUGUGUGUCGCCUCACUGCCAUUUAUUCGGAGAAUUGCCUUUGAAGUUUUUGUGACGUUGCACGUCCCGGUGGGUGCCGUCUACCUUGGUGUCUUGUUCUGGCACACAAAGAACUACCUUGCCUCCUGGGAUUACCUAUAUGCAUCGGUCGCGAUAUGGGCACUGUGUUACAUUGCACGGUUCUUCAACCUCAACUGGACAAAGCCAUGGCGCCUCGCCUUCAUGGUAGGCGAUGAAGCCGCCAUCACCUUGAUGACGGAAAAUGCCAUCAAGGUCACGAUCCCGACCCAGAUGAAGUGGAAACCGGGGCAGUAUGUCUACCUGCGAAUGCCAGGCAUUUCCUUUUUCGACAACCAUCCUUUCACCAUAUCAUCGCUUUGCAGCGAAGACUUUCCAUCCGAAUACGGUGAGCAAUUUCGUGACUGCGUUCUCGUCUUCAAGCCUUAUGGCGGGUUUACGCGCAGGGUCCUCGAGACUGCGAUUCAGAAAGGACCUUUCCACACUUACCGUGCCUAUCUCGACGGACCUUAUGGCGGAAUGCGCAGGGAGUUGGCUGCAUUCGAUACCUGUAUUUUGAUUGCAGGAGGCAGCGGUAUUACUUCCUUAAUGUCGCAAUUACUGAACCUGAUCAAACGAAUGCGAGAUGGAAAGGCCAUUACCAAGAAAGUCGUGGUCAUUUGGGCAUUGAAGCGCUUGGAGGCAAUGGACUGGUUCCGUGAGGAGCUUCGAAUUUGCCGAGAUUCUGCGCCUCCAGAGAGUGUCACUUGCAAGUUCUUUGUCACUUCGGCUGUCAGGCAGAGACCCAUGGGCCCUGGACACCACCGCGCUCCAGGUCACCUGAGCCACGUUUUCCACGACAAGCUGGAUGGGUUUGUAGCUGGUGUUGCCUCGAAGCGAAACUCGGCGUGGAUUCGGGACGAGGCGCAAGGCAACCCAGAUUACGAAGAAGAGCUCCGAGCCGAGGACGAAGACAGAAUCACGGCUUUGCCGGCGCAACAGUACCUACAACCGCACUAUAUACCGCCUCAGCGGCCGCAACCAGUCAACCGCGAAUCGGCACAAGAGGAAUCCUUGGCUAGGCUCGAAGGCCGUGGCGAUGAAGAAUUGCACCAACAAGAUUCUAUCUCUCAGGUACCGUCAUCAGAUUACCCAGAGGAGAAGCCGAAACGACAGUUUCACUUCCCGCCCCUCCAGACGCGCCCAGAGAUGAAACCUCACUUCAACUUUGCGCCCCCAUCACCGCACAGGAUCGAAACGUCCGACAACCAACCCGCGGAAGGACAGCCGCCACAGCCUGCUGAGAACCUGCCGGGACCGCCCGAGCUCGCACACCUCCGGACCACGAACCUGCCGGGCCAAAACGCCCCCCGGCCAACCUCCACCUUUGGCCCGCCCUCGGGCUUUGACUUUGGCUUCCCCGAGACGCCGACCGAGUUCCAAAAGUCCCUCAUGCGCUUUGCCUUUCCGGUACCGCACCAGAUCGACGGCGGCUGGAGCGUCGAGUACGGCCGGCCCGACCUGGGCUACAUGCUCAAGGAGUGGGCGACGGGCGGGCCCGACGGCCGCGGCAUCCUCGGUCGCCGGACGGCCGUCUUUGUCUGCGGCCCGCCCAGCAUGCGCGUCGGCGUCGCCAAUACCGUGGCGCGGCUCCAGGCCGAGAUCUGGGGUGAUGAUCUCCUCGAGGAGAUCUUUUUGCAUACCGAGAACUAUGCGCUCUAA